AUGGCAUUGGACAACCAACGGAAGAGCCGUCUGAGACGUCCCUCGGGCUGCGCGUUGGUCCUUCAAGCUAGCGUCAGCUCCUCGGCUGUGCCAGCAGGUACUCCUGCGCGGUACGCAUCCCUUGUCUGCAUCGUCAUAUGCGCGGCUUGCGGAGGCUCGCGUUGGACCCUGUUGGUGUGGUGA